GAGAGGGAGGGGAGAGCUGGAGGGAAGGGAGAGCAGAGGGAAGCGAAAGAAAUAACUGGGGAAGGAGGGAUGAAAGCAGAGGAUAAAGAAAAUGGAGGUUAAUUAGUUGGUUAUUUCGCGGGGGGAGUGGCGGAGGGAAAGCCUGAUAGAGCCGGGGAAAAGAAAGUGAGAAGGGUGGGAAGAGCCGGCUGGGAAAGGGGGAAGGAAAAACCUGAUCGAGCCGAGAAAUAGAGAGUGAGAAGGGUGGGAAAGGGAGAAGAAAAAACCUGAUUGAGACGAGAAAUAGAGUGAGAAGGGUGGGAAAGGGAGAAGGAAAAACCUGAUUGAGACGAGAAACUGAGAGUGAGAAGGGUGGGAAGAGCCGGCCAGGGAAGGAGAGAAGGAAAAACCUGACGGAGCCGAGAAAAAGAGAGCGAGAAGGGUGGGAAGAGCCGCCGGGAAGGGGAGGAAAGCGGGGGAGAGGGCGAGCAGGGGAUGCGCGGGAGGCAGCGGGCGGCAGCCGGGGGGAGCCGGGCACAGACAAUGGGGCGCGGCCCCGCCGCCUCCACCUCCCGCCGCCGGGCGGGGCCGGGGCGCGCUGGCGCUGAGCCCCGCGCUGUCCCCUGCCAGGGGGACAUGGCCCCGCUGCUGGCGCUGCUGCUGGCGGCCCUGCUGGGCUCGGGCCGGGCGUGCCCGGAGCCGUGCGCUUGCGUGGACAAGUACGCGCACCAGUUCGCCGACUGCGCCUACAAGGAGCUGCAGGCCGUGCCCGCGGGGCUGCCCUCCAACGUGACCACGCUGAGCCUGUCGGCCAACAAGAUCAGCUCGCUGCCCCGCGGCGCCUUCGCCGAGGUGACCCAGGUGAGCUCGCUGUGGCUGGCGCACAACGAGAUCGCCACCAUCGAGCCCGGCGCGCUGGCCGUGCUGGCGCAGCUCAAGAACCUGGACAUCAGCCACAACCAGAUCGUGGAGUUCCCCUGGCGGGACCUGCGCAACCUCAGCGCGCUGCAGCUGCUCAAGAUGAACAACAACCGCAUGGCGCUGGUGCCGCCCGACGCCUUCCGCACGCUCAAGGACCUGCGCUCGCUGCGCAUCAACAACAACCGCUUCGCCACGCUGGCCGAGGGCAUCUUCGACUCGCUGGGCUCGCUGUCGCACCUGCAGAUCUACAACAACCCCUUCGAGUGCUCCUGCGCGCUGCGCUGGCUGAAGCGCUGGAUGGAGAGCACGCUCAUCUCCAUCCCCGAGAAGGAGUCCAUCGCCUGCGCGCUGCCCGAGCGCCUGCGCGGCGUGCCGCUGGCCAAGCUGCCCGAGCUGCGCUGCGCCGCGCCCGCCGUCAGCAUCGCCCUCUCGCCCGAGCUGGACGCGGCCGAGCUGCCCGACGGCUCCACGCUGAGCCUGCACUGCGCCGCCAGCGGCUCGCCGCCGCCCGAGCUGCGCUGGAAGAUCCGCACGGCCGGCCAGAGCCUGGAGCUCGGCGGCAGCGGCCCCGAGAGCGCGGCCAAGGAGGAGCCGCGCCCCGAGCCCGAGCGCUUCGUGGCGUUCAAGAACGGCACCUUGGUGAUCCCGCAGCUGAGCAAGCGCGAGGAGGGCACCUACACCUGCGUGGCCACCAACGAGGUGGGCAGCAACCACUCCUCGGUCAGCGUGGCCGUGGCGGGCGCGCAGAAGUACCCGCCGGCGGCCGGGGGGGACCCGCUGGGCGGCAAGGGGCAGCCGGGCGACAAGAAACCCGACGCCGAGGCGGCCAAGAACAGCGUGCUGACCCCGGAGGAGAGGGGCAAAGCGCUGGGCCCCACCCGGCAGAGCCGGCCCGGCUCGGCGGCGGGGCCGGAGCCUGAGGGCCGGGGCCGGGUCCCGUUGGAGCCGCCGGGCCUGGAGAAGAAGUGCGGGGCCUCGGCGGGCGGCUCCAAGUACAUCUCCAACCACGCCUUCAACCAGAGCGGCGACUUCAAGCGGCACAGCUUCGAGCUGGGCGUCAUCGCCCUGGACGUGGCCGAGCGCGACGCCCGCGUGCAGCUGACGCCCACCCAGCCCGGCGGGGGCCACCUGGGCGUGCUCUACCUGUGCCAGCAGGGCCGCCAGGGCCACGCCCUGCUGCAGUGGUCGCAGAUCGAGGCCGGCGUGAACUCGUACUGGUUCCAGGGCCUGAGCCCCGGCACCAACUACUCGGUGUGCCUGAGCUCGCCGGGCGAGGAGUGCCGGGUGCAGGUGGUGUUCACCACCAAGAAGGAGAUCCCGUCGCUCAUCAUCAUCGUGGUGGUCAGCAUCUUCCUGCUGCUGCUGGCCACGCUGCCGCUGCUGGGCGCCACGUGGUGCCACCUGCUCGCCAAGCUGCAGGCCAAGCCCUACAAGCUGAUCAUGAAGGCGCAGAACCCCGACCAGAUGGAGAAGCGCAUGGCCGCUGACUUCGACCCCCGCGCCUCCUACCUGGAGUCCGAGAAGAACUUCGGUCCCGGCGAGGCCGAGGCCGAGGAGGAGGAAGAGGAGGAGGAGGAGGCGGGGGAUGAAGAAGGAGCGCGGUGGCGGCGCGGGAGGGAGGGGGAAGGCGCGGCGGAGCUGGAGCGGGAGGAGAGCGUGGCCGCCAGCUCCAUGGCGGAGUCGCAGUCCAAGGGCGGCGCCGAGGAGUUCGAGGUGCGCUCCGAGUACAGCGACAAGCUGCCGCUGGGCGCCGAGGCCGUCACCAUCUCCCCGGAGAUCAACGGCAACUACCGGCAGCGGCCCCGCUGAGCCCCGAGCCCCGGCCCCGCUGCCCACCCCCGCUUCGCCCGGGGAGAAACCUCCGGGAAGGAGCGGAGCCACCCCCGCCUCUCCUCUCCCUCCUCCUCCUCCCUCCCCUUCCCCUUCUCGCCCGGUGCUGCCGGGAUGAGCCUCCCACGAUUUCGUUUCCAUUUCGGGCACCGGCGGUGCUCGCUGCCGGCUCGGCGGCAACAACGAUUCCCUCUCCCCUGCCUCCCUCCGCCGCCCGCCACCCCCGGGUUUUCCUUCCCCCCCAAGGAAAAAAACGAAAAAAACCCGAGAAAACGGCUAAAAGCAACAAGCCCCAUAGCCCCAAAUUCUCUUUGCGGGAAUCGGUUCAGUCCCCGCCGCUCCUCGGCGCCCGGUGAGUCCCCUCUGCUGCCCGGUUCUCUCCUGUCGAGCCCGGAGCUGUCCCCGCCGCUCCCCGGUGUGUCCCCGCCGCUCCCCGGUGGGUGCCCACCGCGCUCCGGCGCAUCCCGAUUUUCCCCGGCGAGUGCCGACAUUCCCGGUCCCCGGCACUCCCGGGCGGUUCUCUCCAGCCUCCGAUGGAUUUGGUGCUCCCGCUCCCCGCCGCUCCCGUUCCCGGUGGGUCCCGGCGCUCCCCGCCGCUCCCGUUCCCGGUGGGUCCCGCUCUCCCCGUUCAGCACCGGCCUCACCGGGACAGCUCCGCGCCCCCGAGGCGCCGAGGGCUCCCCGCUCCCCAAUGCCGGUCCCCGCUCCCCGAUUCCCGGUCCCCGUCCCCUCCCCUCGGUGUGUUUUGGGUAGAGUAGCCUUGUAGCCAAGUGUGUGUGCCGCAGACGCGCCCGGAGCCGGCCGAGGUGGCCGCGGUGGCCCCGGUGGCCGCCAGCCCGCUGGCCGCUGGCCCCGGUGCCGCGCAGAGCCGCGGGCGCUUUCUCUGCGCGCUUCUGUCCGUGACGAGUCAAUAAAAGGGAUUGAAAGUGGA